AUUUUAAUUAACAACGAAAAUUCAAACUUACAAAUCGGUUUGGCAUUAAAGCAUGGAAAGAGUUUCCUUUCACAUGGUUUUUUCCGCAAUUUUUUGCAUUUUUAUACAAGUACAGCUUCGCCCAGGAUAAGAUUUCACUUAUUUUAAUAAAUUAUAUUUCCUACUAAUCUGCAAUGCGGUUAACUAUAUGCAACGAUAUACUAAAAUAAUCUCUUCAUUACAUAAUUUGAAUUCUCGAGAUGCGCAUAAUAUAUAUGUAUUCGUCUAUUAACUUAUUAAACAAUGCAUAUAAACACAUUCAUAAAUUGAAAGUAUACAACGCCAUCUGUUCAAAUCGUUCAAAUUCUUCGUACAUGUUUCUACGUAACCUGUAAAGUAUACGCAACAACGAUUUACAUCGGGAAAAAUUACGUGUGCUGUGAAAACGUAGUUUAGUUUGAAUUCCAUUACUAUCACGUUCACCCGUUUAAUUGCUAUUAUUGUGUGUAAAUAACAAACAUUAGAAAUACGAUCUGACUUCUAACGGGUAGAAGAAAACAAGGUUGACAGAAGAUCGAAGACCGAAAACUCUCAAAUUCUACCUGUUGUCUCGACAUUCAAGCACAAUAGCAAAAUCUUUUUCAUAAUAUCAUGAAACAAUUCCAUUCAUCGUGUAACCUGUAACUGAGACAAUAUUAAUCGGCAGCUUUUUAUCAUUAAACUUUUGCAAUAGAAUCAUCCGAAAGGAUUAAAUUCGAUUCAUGGAUCCAAUAAAAUUUUGAAAAUUUUACUAUGUAUUUGUUACAUAGAUAAUUUCUUUGUGAAUUUUAUCCGUCGAUUAUGACUAAAUAAUAAUUCACAGUUCUUGGGACGUUCCAAUUUCAACCAGUUUUGCUGAUACAAAGCAUUCCAGUUAGGUUAUUUAUAUAAAAUAAGAGUGACUCAAGGAUGCAAUCAUAAGAACUUUUUGAUUUUAAAGGUACUACAUGAACUAAAUUCAGUUGCACUAUAUUAUCAACACAGUUGUUGUUUUUCAUAAACACAAAGUAUUAAUCUUAAAAGGAUAAACUAGGAAAGAAGAAACGUGAAAAUGGAUAGCACUAUGCGCGAAAGAUUUCUAACCUUUGCCGACAUUAUUAUUAGGGUUCCACCUUUGUUUAUCAUAGAUGAAUUACUCAGAAUUGGAUUUGGAUUAUCCAAUGAUACCGUGCUGGACAGCACGGAAAAUGGUUUUAAAGUAUCGGAAGUUUCUGACAGCAUCAAUGACUCUCUGAUAUCCAGUUCAUUAAUGAUAAAUCCAUUUGAUUUUGAUCACCUUUCCUAUAAAAUAUAUUUCAUAAUUGCAUUGAAGUAUCUGUGCUGCUGUGUAGGAUAUGUUGCUGCAAUAUGCACAUUUAUGUUAUGGACAAAACAUCUAGUAAUCAUAUACCUAUAUUUAAUAUCAGUAGGAGCAGUAUUUAUAUCCUAUUGGUCAAAUGUUAGUACAAUGAAAGCUAUUAUAACAUAUGUAAACGCACAUGAAUCUGUAUCAAGCAUACUUGAUGACAUUUUGUGUCUUAAUUUAAAAUAUGUUUUAAACGAAGGACCUGGCCUCUUGAUCAUUCAAAACUAUGUAUUGCAAUGCUUAUUAGCUAGUGUUUUUUGUUACAUUCAUCUUGCACCAAGGCAUCCAAUUCAACAAAAACUUCUUGUAUUAAGUUUUAUGGCACCAUCAAUACUGGGCAUCUGUCCUCUUCCGACGCAAGUUCUGUAUCACGCUCCUGUGUUCGCUGCACUUUUACCUUUGGCAGUCUGUAAAUUUAUUAUAUGGUAUAACGGGAUCGCCAUAUUAAAGACAUUGUAUAUAGGUUACCAACACGCGCGUAAUUUUGUAAGUAAUUACGGAUUGUCAGCACUCGUGGAAACAGAGUGGAUCCGAUUGAACGUACCUUGCGUGUUGCGUACAUUUUGGAUAUUACGUAUGAGCGGACAAGUGAUCCAAAUUCUUAGUAACCAUUACGGCGAAGAGACAUUCACUUAUACGUCAAUGAUCAAAACUCUGUUGGUCAAUGGUUGUGAGACUCUGAUAGCGGUCUUGGGAAUGACCAGUAUAAUAUCGAUCAUUUGCCAUUACAUAGGAUGCUUCUUUCAAUGGGUACUGUUAAGGGAGGACGGAGACGAGAAAAGUAUCGGCGCUCUAUCCGCGACUUUGUUCUACAUUUUGUCUCUUCAGACGGGACUAACCAGCUUGGACCGAGAGAAACGUUUGGUCAAAUUAUGCCAUAACUUUUGCCUGCUACUCAUGGCAGUUCUACACUUCGUACAUAAUAUCGUGAAUCCUCUGUUAAUGUCACUGAGUGCCUCUCACAAUCCGGCUCUUCAUCGACAUCUUCGUGCCCUGGCUGUAUGCGUGUUUCUAAUAUCACUACCAGUGUCGCUGUUGACGUUCUUUUGGUCACACUACACCGUAAGCACGUGGUUAUUGGCGAUAUCGGUAUUUAGUAUCGAGGUGAUCGUAAAGGUGUUAAUAUCGCUCGCUAUCUACUCUCUGUUCCUCAUCGACGCUUAUCGCAGCGUGUUCUGGGAGCAAUUGGACGAUUGUGUCUACAUCAUACGGUCAUUUGGUAACACCAUCGAGUUUGCAUUUGGCAUCAUCCUGUUCAUCAAUGGCUUUUGGAUUUUAGUGUUCGAAUCGGGCGGAGCGAUACGCGCGAUCAUGAUAUGCAUACACGCUUAUUUCAACAUUUGGUGCGAGGCUAAGGCUGGAUGGAGCGUAUUUAUGAAACGUCGAAUGGCCGUGAACAAAAUCAAUUCCUUGUCGGAAGCUAAAACCGAAGAACUUCAGAAAUUGGACGACGUCUGUGCUAUCUGCUAUCAAGAGAUGGAAAGCGCCAAGAUCACGCAUUGCAAUCAUUACUUUCAUAGCGUUUGUCUACGGAAGUGGUUGUACAUACAAGAUCGUUGUCCGCUUUGUCACGACGUAUUGUACAAGGUUGAGAAUGAUCAUCGAGCCAGGGACACGGUGGAGAAUCAAAGAUAACGUCUUCCAAUGAGUGAACGAAGACGGGUGAAAAGACGCAUAGUUUUAUUGUGAUAUAUAUCAUACAGAGAAACUGUUGCGAAUUCAAAAUUUGAAUCGUUGGGGUAUCGAUCUCUGGAAAUUUUGCUCGAGAAAAUUUCGUUUCUCGUAUAAUAAAGUCGCUCAAAUUUCGGUACCGUGGGUAAUGAUAGUUUUCGAACGCGACCAAGUCGAUAUUGUUGCUCAAACGAGAAGUUUGACCGCUUGGAAAAGCUGUAAAUCACUAAGUUUGAAUAAGUUUUGUUACCACUUAUUACAUGUACAUUUAGUCGAUGAAAUUUCUGUAAUCUCAUGAUACCAAAAGCUGCGAUCUUUAAAGAACAGUCGCCAAAACGCUCGCAUCUAAUUGUAACUUGUCUUUGUAUUUCUUCAAACGUUUAACGCAAUACCGUACGCUUCCUUGUGCACGCGUUUUGUGCUUCAAUCUUCCAUUUUUCUAUCGCUAAUUUUAUGUAAUCCCGAAUAGAUUGAAUCGCGAACACAGCUCGUACGAUUUUUUCCAUUAGAAAUAAACGUCCCUUGAAAUACGAUCGAACAAAUUAUCGUCUAUUUUUCUCAGCGCGAAAAGUAGUUUAUUUUAAGCCCUCGAAAGACUGCAUCAAGAAAUAAAUGCGUUUCUAUUUCUCUGACAUACAGUAUAGUUUUUGUUUGUGAUUUCAUACGACAAGAUUUUUUAAUUAGUCACCGAUUUAAUAGAGUAAUGGUAAUGGUAUACAAAAUGUGCUAGGUAAUACGCUUUCGUUGAAAAGCCUCAGGCUACUUGUUUAUUGCUCCGAUCAAUUUUUAUGUACUUGCCAAAAGUGUAAAACGCAUUUAAAGUGGGUACAGUGCAAUUUGAAUGUAGGGAAGUUGAAGUGAAUCGGUGAUCCAUGAACAGCGGUAUACCAGAAGGAAAAAUUAGAUCAUGAAAACUGUGCAGAAAAUCAUUGUAAAAAAUCUGAACAUAUAAUUAAACAAUCCAGCAGUUUUUUUGGUAUGAUUUUCGAUGUACUAUCGAGUAUGUCUUUAUAGCCCUUAAUUACCGAACACUUUUUCUUAGAUUUACGUGGUAUUAAACGUCUUAAGAUUUUUGAGUAGCAAUGCGUACGCGAGUUGAUUUAACAUGUUGACUGGUACAGUAGAAGCAACCAUGCUUAGUGCGACACACGGUAAUAUCAAAGAUAGAUCAACUUCACGGUAUUUAAAUGUAGUGCACUAUAGCGAUUAUUCUAGCGUAAUAAAUUAAUCAUAGGAAAACACUUUAUUAUUUUUCUAACACUAUUUUCUUUACAAAUACUUCAAUUGCAAGUUACUAACACAACUUUAGUAAUAUUUAACGUCUUUUUUUAUUUUCUUGAUCUAUUCGAUUAAGUUAUACUACAGAUGACAGUCAACGUGUUAAGUAAUUACGAUAUAGCGAGACAGAGUUACGAGAUUAUCGGUCUUUCUUACCGAAAACUUUCCUAAUGCCGGAUUAGUCGCAGAGUCUUGCCGUGGUAUGAGAAUUUCGAGCCCAACGAACAGUCGACGAUCGUGUCCGAAUAAAAAAGAUGUCUUACAUUUUCCAGAUUAACGAGACUACAUCCGUCUGUUUUGGAUUUCAAUCACUUUCUCUGUCGUUCCGAAAUCGAAUCCACAAGCCUUUGUGAUAGUAGUUAAUAAAGAUAAUAAUAAAUUUCCUAAUUUAUUGCAACAAAGCAUUAUUUACUUAUGUGAUUUAAUAACAACCGUAUAAUAAUGUUUCGUUUGUAAGAUCAGAUCAUGUUCAAUAAAUGUUAUAUUUUUAA